GGCAGGCAGAGGCCGGGAGCUCACACCGAUCCCCCCCCCGGAGGAUGCUGCCCACCCCUUUCUCCGUCGAGGAUAUCCUCAGCCUGGAGCAGAGCAGCGCUCCCGGAGCCCCCGGGGUCCGCCGCAGCCCCUCCGGGGAGGAGGAACCGCAGUCGGGACAACAUCUGCUCUCCCAACCCUUGCAGACAGACCAGCAGCAAACUGAGCCCUGCCACCACCCCAAGCAACCGCAGCGGCGCAAACCCCGUGUUUUGUUCUCCCAAACUCAGGUGUCGGAAUUGGAGCGACGAUUCAAGCAGCAGAAAUACCUCUCUGCUCUGGAAAGGGAACACCUGGCCAACGUGCUCCAGCUCACAUCCACCCAGGUGAAAAUCUGGUUCCAGAACCGGCGUUACAAAUGCAAGAGGCAGAGGCAGGAUAGAUCCCUGGAGAUGGCCACCUACCCACUGCCAGCACGUAGGGUGGCUGUUCCGGUGCUGGUCAGAGAUGGCAAUCCUUGUUUUGGGGGAUCCCAACCCCACCUGGCUCCUUAUGGGGUCACCGUCAGCCCCUACUCCUAUAGCACCUACUAUGGUGCCUAUGGGGUGAGCUAUGGGGUGGGCUACGCUGGGGUGCUCACACCGUGAGAUUGGGCUCAGCACCAGUUGGGAUGUGGCCCAGGAAAAGGAUGGGGGCAUCCGGAGCCGUAAUGGACAGCAGGAUGUGGGGCCUCCAUCCCCACCAACCAGCCCAAGGAAAGGGAUUUCUGGUGCUUCAGAUCCGGGGACCUCAGGGCCAGAGGCAUUUAUUUAUUAGGACACAAACACAGAUUCUAUCCCAUCCCACCCUAUAGGGAUGCUCCUGUGGGGUGCUUAGGGAUGGGAUGCUGCUCUUCUUCCUAAGGAAACAAGGCACACCACUGUGCCUUUGCUUUUCCAUGAACGCUCUAUUUAAGGCUUUGAGUUCCUCUCAUCUUUUGGGAUAUCCGUAUUUCUUAAUGACUUACCAGCGCAGGUGUUCAUUUUUGU